AAAAAUUAUUUAAACAAAUAGAGAUGGGGUCUCACUAUGUUGACCAGGCUGGACUUAAACUCCUGACUUCAAGCAGUGCCCCCAUCUCAGUCUCCCAAAGUGCUAGGAUUACAGGGGUGAGCCACUGCAGCCAGCCUCAAUCCUUAUUUUGGCCUGAGAGGACAGGUCGUGGCCUCAUUUUCAGGGGAGAAGACUGAGGCUGGAGGGGCAGGCCUUGCUCUGGGUUGCACAGCAGCAAGAGAAGUGGGAGCUGGCCACGAGGCUUCCUGGACCCGACACACUGGUGGGGUACACCCUGGUUCUCCAGGUCCCAUGGGGCUCAGCCCAGGACUACCUCGGGGGGUGAGGGACUUAAAUCCUCUCCUUCAUUCUCAUCGCCCCUUCCCCCACCAUUUCCUGAGGAAGGACAUUCAGGGACCUUCCUGGCUGUGUCUCGGAUCAGGACCAGAAUGACACCCAUUCCUUUCCCUGGGCCUUUGCUCAGGUGGUCCCUGCACCCUGGCCUCUGCCUGACCAGGAUGGUGGGGAGAGGAGGGGGGACGUCCCCCACGCUGCUGUCUCCACUGUUCCUGCUGCCCAGGCCUCUGAGCUUCCAGGACUGCAGCGGGUGGGUGGGUGGGCUGGCCUAAGCCCAGGAAUGCACUUCAGCUCCUGGUUGAGCAAUGUCACUGAGGCUUGGGAGUCGGGUGGGGGCGGGAGGAGGCAUCCACAGGCCCCCCACCGCGAGAGGCAGCCGUGGGAACAGCCUGCCUCUAAACAAUCACUCCAGUCCAGGCUGACCAGGGGCUCUGGCUGGACAUAGGGGCCUGGCAGGCUGUGUGGCCUGUAAGGACACAGUCUGUCUCUGUGCCUCAGUUUCUCUGCUGCCCAGAUGGGGGGGCCCGGCUUCCAGGUGUAGACAUCUGGAGCAGGCAGUGUUCAGCUGGGGAGGAAGCGGGGAGGACUGUGGGAGCCACGUGGGAAGGAUUCCAGCCCACAUCACCUGCACCCCUGCUGAGCCUGGUCAACGGAGCCCCUCAGUGGGUCCUCACUCCCCUGGCUGCCUCCCAUUUAGGCACCCUGAGGCCUAGGGAGAACAGAGCCAGGCCAGUGUCCCUAGAGAGGCUGCGCUGCCGGCACAGUAAUAGCAGAUUUGGAUUCAGGGAAGCAGACCCGCAGCUAGGGUGGGAAAGAGCUGCAGGCAGGGCGUGGCCUCCACACAGCCUGCCUCCCUGGAGGUCCAUGCUGCAUUUCCAGGACAGCAAGUCCUGGACAAAUGGUCCCGGAUGCCAAAGGCUAGAGGCAUGGUCUGUCUGCAUUCCCCACAUGGGCGUCUUGUAGUCACCAGCAUUUGAUGCUGUCAAGUCCCCCUGUCCUCUGUGCAGACUGGGAAGCCCUUGGCCACCCUGGGGAGUUGUGGGACCCAGGCCAGGCUGCAGAAGCAUAAGGACUUGAACCCAAGUUUUAAGUGACACCACCUUGUGUCCCCCUCCCUCUGUCUCUGUUUAGCUCCACCUUGAUGCUGACUAGGCUGGGCCAUGCAGAGAGGGUUAGGGGAUAGAGAUGGGAGCUGGGGAGCAGGGCUCCACUCUGGGAGGGGGGCAGCCUUGCCGGAUCCAGGGGAGAGAGUUGAGCGGCCCCAGCUCUGCUUUCCCAGAGCUGCUGGGAACCCGGGGAAUGGUGUGGAGGUUCCAGGGAGCCCUGCCCCUAUCUGGCAACCGCAGUGCAGCAGGCACCAAGUUCUCCUGCACAUUGCAACAGUGUGACCCUGGGCUCUGGCGGGCGGUAGGUGGGGCCUUUGGACCUACCAGCAGUGAGGGAGUUAACACAGCAGCUGACUCCUCUAGGCAAGGAAAACUCCCCUCAGACGCUUUGCUGCCUGGCCUCCUGCCAGCAACAAGCAGGAGCUGAAAACUAGAAGUUGAGGCGUGAGUUUGGCCACUCCGUAGUGUGCACUUGGUGAGGGCAGCAGCUCGCCACAGCUGCCAGCCGUCUGUCCAUUCACCCAUCUGUCCAUCUGGCAGCCCGCUGUUCAGAGCUGUCUGUCUGUCCGCCCAUCUGUAAGCCCAUCUCUGUCCCAUUGUCUAUCUGACCAUCUUUCUCUUACUGUCCUCUUUGUCUAGCUAUCUGGCCUAUCUGUUGAUCCAUCUUCGUGUCUGUCUUCAGCCCCCACCUGUUUGUCCAUCUGUCCAAUUACCUGUGACUCUGUGCAUCUUCUUGUCCAUUCAUCUGCCCACCCAUCCGUCCCUCCGUCUGCCCACCAGCCGCCGCUCUCCUCUGGGCUGCAGAGCCAUGGCCCGGGGCUACGGGGCCACGGUCGGCCUAGUCCUGCUGGGUCUGGGGCUGGCGCUGGCUGUCAUUGUGCUGGCUGUGGUCCUCUCUCAACACCAAGCCUCCUGUGGCCCCCAGGCGUUUGCCCAUGCUGCUGUUGCCGCCGACUCCAAGGUCUGCUCGGAUAUUGGACGAGCCAUCCUCCAGCAGCAGGGCUCACCCGUGGAUGCCACCAUCGCAGCUCUGGUCUGCACCAGCGUCGUCAACCCUCAGAGCAUGGGCCUGGGCGGAGGGGUCAUCUUCACCAUCUACAAUGUGACGACAGGGAAGGUGGAGGUCAUCAAUGCCCGGGAGACGGUGCCGGCCAGCCACGCCCCGAGCCUGCUGGACCAGUGUGCACAGGCUCUGCCACUGGGCACAGGGGCCCAGUGGAUCGGGGUGCCCGGGGAGCUCCGCGGCUAUGCCGAGGCCCACCGCCGCCAUGGCCGCCUGCCCUGGGCGCAGCUGUUCCAGCCCACCAUCGCGCUGCUCCGAGGGGGGCAUGUGGUGGCCCCUGUCCUCAGCCGUUUCCUGCACAACAGCUUCCUGCGGCCUUCCUUGCAGGCGUCAACCCUGCGCCAGCUCUUCUUCAACGGGACAGAACCCCUGAGGCCUCAGGACCCACUCCCAUGGCCUGCACUGGCCACCACCCUGGAGACCGUGGCCACAGAGGGCGUGGAGGUCUUCUACACGGGGAGGCUGGGCCAGAUGCUGGUGGAGGACAUUGCCAAGGAAGGGAGCCAGCUGACGCUGCAGGACCUGGCCAAGUUCCAGCCCGAGGUGGUGGACGCCCUGGAGGUGCCCCUGGGGGACUAUACCCUGUACUCACCACCGCCGCCUGCAGGGGGUGCCAUUCUCAGCUUUAUCCUCAACGUGCUAAGAGGGUUCAACUUCUCAAAAGAGUCUAUGGCCAGGCCUGAAGGGAGGGUGAACGUGUACCACCACCUUGUAGAGACGCUCAAGUUUGCCAGGGGGCAGAGGUGGAGGCUGGGGGACCCUCGAAGCCACCCGAAGCUCCAGAAUGCCUCCUGGGACCUGCUGGGGGAGACCCUGGCCCAGCUCAUCCGCCAACAGAUCGAUGGCCGGGGGGACCACCAGCUCAGCCACUACAGCUUGGCCGAGGCCUGGGGCCACGGGACAGGCACAUCCCAUGUGUCUGUGCUGGGGGAGGAUGGCAGCGCCGUGGCUGCCACCAGCACCAUCAACACACCCUUUGGAGCGAUGGUGUAUUCACCACGGACAGGCAUCAUCCUCAACAACGAGCUCCUGGACUUAUGCGAGCGAUGCCCCCGGGGUUCCGGCACCACCCCCUCACCUGUGAGUGGAGACAGGGUGGGUGGAGCUCCCGGAAGGUGCUGGCCCCCAGUUCCAGGCGAGCGUUCCCCAUCCUCCAUGGUGCCCUCCAUCUUGAUCAACAAAGCCCAGGGGUCGAAGCUAGUGAUUGGCGGGGCUGGCGGGGAGCUCAUCAUCUCUGCUGUGGCCCAGGCCAUCAUGAGCAAGCUGUGGCUUGGCUUUGACCUGAGAGCGGCCAUUGCAGCCCCCAUCCUGCAUGUCAACAGCAAGGGCUGUGUGGAGUACGAGCCCAACUUCAGCCAGAAACAGGAUCUUGCUGCAUUGCCCAGGCUGGUCUCAAACUCCUGGCCUCAAGUGAUCCUCCUUCCUCAGCCUCCCAAAUUGCUGGCAUUACAGGAGGUGCAGAGGGGACUCCAAGACCGUGGCCAGAACCAGACCCAGAGGCCCUUCUUCCUGAACGUGGUCCAGGCUGUGUCCCAGGAGGGGGCCUGUGUGUACGCCGUCUCGGACCUGAGGAAGAGUGGGGAGGCCGCAGGCUACUAAGACACUGCUCUGCCCAGAGCUGAAGUCUGGCCCCACCAUGAGUCCUGUGUCCAGGCCGGACAUGGCUGGGGGACCAACUACUCCGGCAGGAUCUGGACCCCUGGCAGGGGAGUCCAGCUGAGAGUGGAAGAGGUGGCAGGGACCAGCUGGGCAGAUGAGAGGCUGAGCCUCAUCCCUAACCCCCUUUCCCAGAGCCCCUGGUGGCCCUGAACUGGCCCCUCUAUCCCUCCGCAGGCCUCUUGCCUGGGGCCACUCUCCCACCCUCUCGAUCUGUAUAUCCUCCAGUCCAAGAUUAAAGAAGAGGCGGACUGUG